CUCCCUGCCUGGGCUUCGCUUACCCGAGGAGUUUCGCUCAGAAGGCACUCUCGACGGGACAGCAGCCGGCUGUGAGAGGGACGCUGCUCAGCAGCAAGGGAGGCCGGCGCGGAAAGAGGACCCACUCGCUGCCUUCCCAUCCAAGACACGAAGGCCUCCGGGAUUCUUAAUCUGGCUUUCCCAUCGGGGCGAGCAAGCGCCAUGGCGGGCUCGCUGGCCAUCUGGAGCGCUCUCUUGGCCACAGUUUUCUCCAUCCUGGUGAAUGGUGAGGAGACUGGGCUGCUCCCGAAUGAAGUCUACAAAAAAGAAGGCAGAGAAGAUUGGGUCGAAUCUCAGCUGCUUCCAGCCAGAGAGACGCUGGAGCGUGAAGUCGAGAGAGAGGGAGCCAUGUCAUCCUCAGGCGAUAACCUCAGCGAACUCCCUCGAGUUGCUUUCCUGUCGAAGCCACAGGAUCCUGUAACGCCAAAGAAGGAAGGAAAUGGGAGAAAAAGAAGGAAGGGGAAAGGGAGAAAGAGAGACCCCUGUUUGCGAAAGUACAGAGAUUAUUGUUUUCAUGGAGAGUGCAAAUACAUCAAAGCUCUAAAAGCUCCAUCUUGCAUAUGCCAUUCAGGGUACCAUGGGGAGAGAUGCCAUGCCUUUAGUCUUCCGGUGGAAAAACACCCCCACAGUUACGACCACACAACUAUACUAGCAGUCACGGCAGUUGUGCUGUCAUCCCUGUGUCUUAUCAUCAUUGCUGCAUUACUGAUGCUCAGGUGCCACAAACAAGGUGUAUAUGAUGUAGAGAACGAAGAAAAGGUGAAACUGGGCAGCACUAGCAACCAUUGAGACAUUCUGGAACUGCAAGGAUUCAGCAGUGGGAAGACCUACUUCAACAACCCAAUGGAUAAAGCUCAUUUUCUGGGACACAUGUCAAAGUUGAAAGGGGCGCUUGUGUGAGUGGAAGGAAGUGCUCUUUUCCCAAGGGGAUAAUGACAGUUAUUUGCUUUGUUGAAAAAGCAAUUUGCCGUCCCCAAAUUGGAAGAAUUUUCCAAACAAAUCUGAGAGAGACACUUCUCUGCAGAAGGUGCAUCCCUGAUGCGGAGCCACAGAUUUCGGAGAAAAGUUGGACUUUGCCUUGGCACCGUUUGAAAGUGAUAUCUUCACAAGCAAAGAAACCACAAACCUGCAAACUGGAUUCUACAAGCACCUGCUGAGGAUAUAACUGUGAAAGACUUUCAAUCUGCUGAAGAAGUCUAAUUUUCAACUUAAUUAAAUGGAGGAAAAUAUUUAACAAAUAUUUCAUUUUAAAUUAUAUAUUUAUUUUAGAUACGUUGUAUAUAUUAUUUAUUUAGGGGUUGAUCCUGUCUGAAGUCUGAGACAGGAAGAUUGUGCAGUGUAACAUCCUAAUAAAUAACCCUUUGUUAUACUUGCUGUUACAUGAAAACUAAUUUUGGGGUGCAUGGAUUAAAAUAGCUGAAAAGCGAGAAUUUCUAAUAACA